AUGUNCGAACAGCCUCUGACUUCAACUCGAAAUCGAAGUAUUUUGACGUCCGAAAAUCCGGGACGGAGAGCAGGCUCCGGAACGGCGGUCUCACCGGAGCAGCAGCAACUCAACGCAUCGGCACUGGCAAAUCGGCAUCAUCUGCACCCGAAGACGGAGACGGUUGAAGACGACGGCGGUGGUGGUGGUUUGGUAUGUAAUAGUAGUGUGGCUGGAGCUGGGGCUGGGGCUGGAGCUGCGGGUGGUGGCCAGCGGGCAAGUCCGGGUAGGUCUCGGGAAAGUGCAGCGGCGGCGGCGGCUAUGUCGUGGGGCGGCAGCUGCCGGCCCCCAUCGAGAUUGGCCACCUGUAGGUCAAGCUCACCGGCUGGCGGUAGCGCCGCUGAGGCCUACCUGAGGCCUGAGGCGGCCUACUCGAAGCGGCCUCAGCUCUCAGUGCAGGGCUCAUUCACUAGUGCCGACAGCAGUAGUAAAGGGGCAGGGGGGAAGGGUCAUCGGGCACGUUUGCCGAAGCUGUGGCGACACCUGAGGGAGAAGUCGCACUCGGAGUUGAGUCUGGUGUGGGAUGUGAUGCGGAGUGGUAUUUUGGCAAAAUCACAAUCCGAGGAGGAGGCUGAGGGGGGCGGUAAGAGGGUGAGUUGCUCAUCGUCGUCGUCGUCGUCAUCGAGGUCUAGAGGUGAUGGUGGUCAAUCGAGAGGUCAAUCGCGUUCGGGUUCCGGUUCGGGUUCGGGUUCGUUUUCUGACGGUGAG